ACGUGAUCUGUACAAUAAAGAUCAAGAUGAAGAUAUAUUGCAUAAUGAGUCCCGUUAGAAAAAAACUAUUCUUCACGUGAUUGUAGAUGUAAACACUCCUCCCUCUGGUGCUGCGCUGGACUCACCAUUCACUCAGUGUACAUAGACAUGUCUCAAGGAGCAGUGGGGGAUGAGGUGGAUGGAGUGGUUGCAAUUGUGGCUGUUGUGUCAUCCAAAAAGCACAAUAACAAUUCACCAAGCCCAGUCAAGGUUGUAGUGCCAGCCAGCCCUGAGUCUGAGGUGGAGGAGGAUGGAGUGGCUCUUUUGACUGAUGCAGAAUCUCCAGCUGUCAGGGAAAAUGGAGAUCUGUUUGCCUCAUGUCAACUCCUAAGCGACAGUUUUGAGUCAGGAGAUGGAAUUACUUGGUACAAGGCAGUAUUCCUCAUAGUGAAUGCAGCGCUGGGUGCAGGGCUGCUCAACUUUCCUAGAGCAUUCCAUGAAGCUGGUGGAGUUCUGUCUGGUAACAUUGUUCAUGUUAUCUUCACAACACUAGCCUUGGGAUCACUCAUUAUCAUUGCAAAAUGUGGAAGUGAACGUAACUGCAAAACAUAUCAGGAGUUAGUUUUAGACAUGUGCAGUCUUGGCUGGGGAAUGGCAGCUUCUGUGUUCAUUGCUGUGUACUGCUUUGUCACCUGCAUCACCUUCAUCAUUAUAAUUGGGGACCAAUUUGAUAGAGCAUUUGCAUCGUUUUUGGGGAGUAACUUUUGUCACUCAUGGUACCUGAACCGCAAGUUUACCAUGACCAUCUCAUCGCUGCUGCUCAUCUUUCCUUGCUGUCUGAAGAGAAUAGAUGGUCUCAGAUAUAUGAGCUAUGUUGGUGUUCUAUCCAUAUGGUACUUAGCAGCCAUAAUUAUAGCUGAGUUCUAUACAGGGAACUAUGAAAAAGGACCAAUCUCUGAGUUCAAUGUUUCCUGGACUCAGAUUUUUGAUGUGGUGCCAACGAUAUGUUUUGGAUACCAGUGUCAUGUCAGCUGUGUUCCGAUCUACUCCUGUCUCAAGGAUCGGAAUGCCUCAACUUUUUCAAAGGCUUGUGUGUCUGCUGUAUUGGUUUGCCUGAUGGUGUACACUAUAUCUGCUAAUUAUGGCUACCUGACCUUUGGAUCUUUAGUUGAUGGUGAUGUCUUGCUGUCUUAUGAUGCAAGGAAAAUUCAAGUUCUCCUGGCUGUCAUCCUCUUGGCUUUAAAGUCUUGGACAACCUAUCCUAUUCUCAUGUUUUGUGUCAGGGAAGCAAUAGGUGAUCUGUAUGUUCAGCUGCGCAAGAUUUCACCUGUGGAGGCAGCCAUCUCAGAGCCCAAACGGAGAAGGGUGAUUGCAGUGGUGUUGUGGGCUGCUUCUAUACUGAUGGCCUUAUUCACUCCAAAUAUUAACAUUGUUGUAAAGUUGCUGGGCAGCCUUGCUGCCAUAUUCAUCUUUGUCUUCCCUGGAAUAUGCCUGCUACAGGACACCCUAGGCAAGCGUGGGAAUCUCAUUCCUUUCACCUGGAGUCGGAGAAUGCUGGUAGGUGUGGCAAUGUUCUAUGUAGUGGUGGGAAUGUUUGCUUUUGGUUUGGCGUUCACCCUGGGAGUUAGGCACAUCAUUCACCCUGACAGUAGCCAACCCCUCUGUAUAUAACAUUGUAUUUAAGAAUUAGAAACAAUUUUGUUUUGAUAGAAUUAGUUUUUUGUUUAUUGCUCACUGAUGCAAAUCAGCCAUUCAGUCACUAUGUGAUUGAAAACAUAUUUUAUAUAUCUUAAGUUUUUAAUUAUGUGUUUUAGUUGAUUAAAUAAGGUUGUAAAAUUGUAAUUGGUUGUAGUGCAUGGAAUAAGGUUGUAAGGCUUUUAAUUGGUUAUAGUGUAUUAUAAUUAGGCCAUCAAAAUUAAAGGGAAAAAAUAGCAUUGGUGUUUUAAGUAAAGAAAUAUUAGAUGAGUAUAAGUCACAUGAUCAGGCAGAGCCAAGAAUCCAAAGCAGAUUCUCAUAGCCUUUGAUGAUUUCUGGCUGCCCUCUUAUAGUAAUGAGUAUAGUAUUACCUGCUUGUAAUGUAUAAUGUUAAGGUCUCCUGUGUUUAAUUAGUUCAUUUUGUUUUGUACUUACAUAGCUUAGGAGAUGGAAUUAAAGACAAAAUGCAUCAGAGGAGGGAGUGAAGGAUGAAUAGACCAUAUAAAAUUAUACAUGGGAAUGUACAGUAUAUUUUUGUUAUGGACAAAUAGUUCUGUAGACUUUUGUCCUGAAAAUGUAUUCUUAAUUUUUUGUUGGAGUUGGUGGUUAGGUUGUGUACUUCAAAUUCAAUAGGGUUGUAGCUAAAAAUCUAAAUGAGUAUUGGAAGUUGUAUAUGAGUGAGUGUGUAUCUUUGAAUGAGACAGUCUUAGUGAUCAGGAUGUACAAUAUUUAAGUGGAGAAAGAGAAGUUGGGACAGAAUGUGGAAUGGUAUGAUUGUUGAGGCUGUAUGGAUUGAGUUUGAUAAAAGUUAUUACAGAGAUCUGAAGUGUUAAGCACAUAUUAGGAGGAUGAAGAGGGAUGAAUUUGUGAAAUAAGCAGAGAGCAAAGUUGAAGUUGUACGUAAAAGGAGAAAGCCACUUGGAAGAUGGAAGGAUAAGGCAAGGUAGUACUGAAAAAGAGUGAAAAGGAUGUUUAAUAAACAAGGAUGUAAUGUUUAGAUGGGGAGAGAGGUUCCGUAAGGAAUUAAGGUAUCAGAACGAAAAACUUAUAUGCAUCCAUAAAGAUUUUAUUUCCAUAAAUUGAAUUCUAUGACUAUAGUAUAUUUUGUAAGGAUAGGUAGUAAAGGUAGGUAAAUGGGCAGUAAUAUAUGUAGAUACUUUUAACCAAAUUUUUAUUUCAGAUAUAUCAAAUGAGAAUGGAAAUGUAAAAUCUCUGUCAAAAGUAUUUAGGUUGUGUUAGUUUAGCUCGUAAUGUGAAAACACAAGAAAAUACCUCCUAAAAGAAUGGGAUGCAUCACUAGUAGGAUGAUUCAUAAAUUUUUUUGGGAAGUAAGGUACAUUUUAGAUGCAGUUUACUAUCAAGAGGGUUGUUGGUUGUCAUGUGGAGCUGUGAUAAUACUAUACAGUACUGUGAAUCCUGACUGAUCAUGACAGUAGUUUAUUUAAUCAAAUUGCCUGAGAUCUGGUCAUGUUAAGUUUAUUUUUUAGUACAGAAAGAUAUUGCAUGAUUUAUAUUGUUGAUAUUGACUUUAAUUGUAUUAGAUUUUUAUUGAGAUGAUUUCUAUUUUCAUAUAAUACUCAUGAUACAGGUUUUUAUGAUAACCCUUGCAGCUUAUGAGCUUUGAAUGAAACUAGUAGGUGUAUUUUCACUGUGUGGCCAUAUGACCAGCUUGUAGUCUUAAAAAGUACACCAAGUGAAAAUGGUGAAGCAUGAAAGUAAAUCAGUAUUAUCUUAUAAAUUCAUAGUUUAUAAGGUACCUUGAAUUAUCUUGAAUACUAACAUUUAAAAUCUUUCUUGUGAACCUUGGGUAUCAGUCAAAAACCUGUAUUUUAUUGUCGUUUUCUAUUACUAAUAAUUUAAUUUUGUAUGGAUCAUUUAUACUCUGUAGAGAUAAGCAUGAAAAUUAUAAGAUAUUAUAUGAUUUUACUGAAAAAUCUGUAAAGUCUGAGAUAGUUUUAGUUCCAAAAGGUAGAGCCAUUCUACAUGUAUACUUUGCUACAGCCGUCAGUAAAUGUAACUGGUCAGUGAGAUGAAACUGUGAUUUUUUAUAGUUAUCUAACAGUAGUGUUCAAGAUUAGGCAUUAAUGUUGUGAUGUCUGUCUAGUUUUACAUUUUUCUUUGGCAAGAACUUUUACAUGUUCAAGGAAAAAAAUGAAGGCUGUAGCUGAAAUAAAUAUAGAAAUUUA